UUCCCUAUCACCCGUUAUUUGCAUGUUGCAAUCCGUUUUUCGUCUAGUCACUUUUCUCAGCGACUCAGCUGCGUUGUUACUCGUUUUUAAGACCAGCGUUUUCGCGUGAUAUAUUUAAUUCAACGUGUUCUGUUAUAAUUUUAAAAUAUUACUCCAAUAAUAAAAAAAAUUGAUACAAGUGUAUACAAGUAUCCGUUGUGAUAAAACUCAAAAUCCUUAAAUAUGGAUACUUCGUCUUUAGAUUCAAGUAAUGACUUUUUGAUUGAAGAUGAAACCAAUUUGGAAGUUAAUACUUGUAAUAUUUGCAAAAAUGAAUAUAUGUGUCCAAGGGUCCUGAACUGUUUGCAUGUAUUUUGUGAAAAAUGCAUCUUACAACUUGUUAAUGUUAACUCAAUGUUUAGUGUUCUUAAUAUAAUAUGUCCUACAUGCGAUCAACCAACAACUACUCAAUUAAAUCGUGGAACUUUGACAUUACCUCAAGAUUAUGUUACUAGGGAUAUUCUUGAAGUUGAAAUGUUGAAAAACCACAGGCUAGUUUGCAAAUCUUGUAGAGAUAAUAAAGAGGCAACUCAUAAAUGUAUUACUUGCUGCAAUUUUUUGUGUUCUAGUUGUGAAAGUAUGCAUAAGAUGCUUGUAACGCCAGGACAGUACCAUUAUAUGGUAUCUAUUGAGGAAAUUAUUCAAAAUGCUCAGGAUAAAACUGCUCUACACAAAAUGGUUUUAUGUGAAAAACAUAAUAAUGAACAAAUGGUGUAUUAUUGUAACAAUUGUAAUGAGUUGGCUUGUACUAAAUGUCUCAAUAUACCUUCUCCAAGAACAUGCCAACAUAGUUACGAUAGCCUUUCCAAUGCUUAUAAAAAAUAUGGAACUGAGUUAGAGUAUUUAGUACGUGAAAGUAAGAAUGUUAUGAAAAAUGUUUCAACUUUGCCAGCUACUUUAGAAAAAGCAUUGGAUAAUUUACAAACUUCUCAUGAUCAUGUUAAAUCAAAUGUGGAAGAAACUUUUCAUAGUUUUAAAGCUAUAUUAGAGACUUGUAAAAAUGAAGUAUUGGUGCAAUUAAAAUCAUCUCAAAAGCAACAAGAAUUAAAGAUAAUGGACAAAUUUGAAGAAGUGAAGAAAGUCACUGACAACAUCAGCGGAGUGCAACAAUUUGCUACACGUUUAUUAGAAAAUGGAAGUGAAUCUGAAAUUAUGGCAUUAAAAAAAUUAAUUUUUACUCAGAUGCUUCAGUUAUUUGGUCAAAUACCAGAUGUCGAUGUAGAUGCUAAACUUAUAUAUUCUCCUGAUGUUAGUGGAUUUGAAAAUCAUUGUCGAAAAUAUUUUGGCCAAAUUGAAACAGAACAAGGGAUGAAUGUUGCAGUUGCACCUAUCUCUCCGCCUACUCCAAGAACCAAUUUUUUAACUGACCGUGUGUUUCCUUCGCCCAUGUUGUCACCAAUGGUGGAUUCACAGAUGUUUGAUCUAAAUUUGGCGCGCUUAUGUUCAUUAAAUGUUGAUGAUAAUCCUAUUUUAUCUACAAUAUCGUCUCCUGAUUCAUUGGGAGAUUUAUUGAAUGCACCAACUAGUAUGGAUGGUAGUUUUGCUUUAAAUAAUUUACAAGCACUUGCUAAACUAGAUAAUUUGAAUACCAACAAUAACAAUAAUAAUAUGCUUCAAAGUCUGAUGAGUCCAUUAGUUUUGAAUCAAUCUGGUUUAGAUCCAUUUUCUGUUGGUAGUGUGUCAUCUAUGAGUUCUCCUACAACUACUUUAUCACCUGAUAUUUACGGAGUAGCUACUAAUUCAAGUUGGUAUAGCAAAGAAAGAAGAGCUCCACCAACUCGGCCAAAACGUCAUUCUAGUAGGCCUAGCAUGGAUAUAGUAGCAAAAUUUGGUCAAAUGGGAAGUGGUCUUGGACAAUUCCAUUCACCUCAUGGCUUUUGUCUAAGUCCUACAGAAGAUAUUGUGGUUGCUGAUACACACAAUCAUCGUAUUCAAGUAUUUGAAAAAGAUGGUACUUAUAAGACUGAAUUUGGCAGAGAAGGAAAAGAAGACGGAUACUUAUUUUAUCCUAGAAAAGUGGUUUUUUUAAACCAUAAUCAAAUAGUUGUUUGUGAUCGUGGUUCUGAUCGAUCUAGAGUACAGAUAUUUGAAUAUCCUACGGGUAAAUUUAUUAAAAAGAUUCAGGUUCAAUUUAUUGAAAUUGUGGCUGGAGUGGCUGUGACUGCAAAUGGACAUCUGGCACUGGUUGAUAGUGUACACCCAACAGUAUUUGUUUUAAAUGUAAAUGAAGAUAAUGGCAUAAUGAAAUGGUUUGAUUGUGCUUCAUAUAUGGAAGAACCAUCAGACAUAAUUGUCAGAGAUGAUGAUUAUUAUGUUUGUGAUUUCAAAGGACACUCUAUUGUAGUGUUUAAUGAUGAAGGUGUUUGUUUAAGACGUAUUGGUGGUGAAUAUAUCACUAGCUUUCCAAAUGGCAUAGAUAUAUCUGAAAAUGGAGAAAUAUUAGUUGGAGAUUCUCAUGGCAAUCGUUUCCAUGUUGCAGUUUUUUCUCACGAUGGUACUCAUUUAACAGAUUUAGAGUGCCCUUAUAUUAAAGUAUCUCGUUGUUGUGGGUUGAAAAUAACUAGUGGUGGUCAUAUUGUUACUUUAGCAAAAAAUAACCACCAUGUUCUUGUCUUAAACGCAACUGUAUAAGUUACUCUUAAAAAAAAUCUAAAAAAACUCCCGAAAAUGUAUUUGUUAACUUAUUUUUCCUGUUAUUCUUCAAUUUUUAUUAUAUAAAUAGUUAAUUAAUUUUUGAGACUGCUCGAAGUGCAUUUUUUUGUUUUUCUAGAUUUAACAAAUUUAUUUUUAUUUUUAAGAACACUGACAUUUUACUGACUUUCUUUUCUUUUAUAUGAUUAUUAUUAUUAUUUUUAUUAUUAUUAAAUUAAUUUAUUUCCUCAACAAGAAAAAGUAAUUUUAGUUCCUAUUUAUUAAAAGGUAAAAAAUAUAUGAGCUGUUUUUUGUUUUUGUUUUAAGUCUCAUACUAUUAAAUUUCUUAUAUAUUUUUUUUUUUAAAGAUCAUAAAUCAUUUAUUAUAUACAUAGUAUAUAUAUUAGAUUUUUUUUUGUAAAUAAUGGAAGUUUACCUCGUUUAAACAAUCUAGUGAACAUUUUAGUCAAAUUAAUCUAGAUAUAAGAAAAAAUAAUUUUUUGAAAUUUUAAUUAUAUAUUUCUAAAUAUUAUACUCAUACAUAUUAUUAUUAUAUAACAUGCAUGUUGUUUACUUGUUGGUGUUCUCAUACGUAAUUGCAAUAUUAAGAUAUUAUUUAUUGUUAUUUUGGUUACUAAUUAGUACCAAUUGUAAUUUCUUUGUUAUGACUUAAUUUUUUUUUUUUUUUU